CCGCAUGAAUCCACGCCGCCGCCACAUCAGUCGCGCUGCUUGCCGAAAUUCAUUGCUCGGUGCGGUGUUGACAGGCUUGCGGACGGCGAGCCGCCCGCCCCUUGGAGUUACCCAGUCAUGAAUGAGCCGGUUAAGAAGAGCUACCUGCCCGUCGUGCAUAAGUGCCCGUGCCUGAAGAGCCAUCCCGUGGUCAUGCCACGUUCGUUCCCGGAAGAAGUGCACCAGCUGCGCUGCCAGGAGAGUUCCGAGGCGGGCACGGUCUCCAAUCUGAAGCUGCACGUGGGCAAGCUGUUCCGGUCUUCGUCGGCGACGACAGCCAACGGGGCUGCGCCGCCCAGCCCGUCGCCACCCUCCAGCCAGACGUCUAUACCGCCCUGGAACCCGGCCAGGCGCAUCGUCACCUUCGUCUGUCUCGUCUCGCUCAUCUGCACCGCCAUCAUCGUGGCCGUCGUGGUCGCGGCCGUCCUGCUGUCACGCCACAUCGCGCACCCAUCGCGACAGCAGCAGCGCUACCGGCGCCUCAUGUCCGACGUCGCCGUAGACGUCGUACCCAAGCCCCAGAACCUCGUCGAUCGCACCAACACCAUCGUCGUGCACCGCAAGAACCCGACCGCGUGGCAGUCCCAGUCACGGCAACUGCGGUCACUGCUGGACAGCUACGCCACCGAAGGUGGCGCCGGCGCCCGCUGUGAGCCCGGGGACCGCUGUCCCUUUCCCGUGGGCCUGGUCAGCGACAACUGCAGCGCGACGGACUUCUUCGGCUACAGAGAAGGCGCCCCUUGCGUCGCUCUGGUGUUCCGGCGCGCGCCGGACUGGACGCCGCAGCCCCUGGCGCCCUCGGACCUCGCGUCGCCCGCGGUGCCGGACGAAGUGCGCGAAGGCUACGACCCGGGCCUGCUGUACGUCACCUGCAAGAGCGAGCACAUCAGCAGGGACAUCGACAUCCGCUACUCACCUUACCACGGGUUCCCGCUUCGCUUCUUCCCGGCUACCCGGCACCCGCCGCUGUUGAUGCUGCACUUUCCCAACCCACCGCUUCGCACCGAGAUAUGGGUCACCUGUCGAUUCUGGGCCAAGAAUCUCGACCAGUCGAGCAACGGGAAGGUGACGUUCAAGCUUCUCGUCAUGUGAGUCCGCACGACCACUAGUGCGAAUUCCGUGGUAAUUGAAUGAGACCACCUCUCCUCUCCACGUGGAGGAUGAAGUCGACGAGAGACCACUUUCUGGCAGUUACUCCAAAGACCAUCUAGCUCUCCUUUUAUGUCGGCAGGGACCAGUUUUAGACUUUAUGGAGCGGUGGGCGAGCGAGCUGUGAUCCUGCCGCAAGGACAUGCGCGUUAGGACGAGGAUUUGCUGCUGUUGCUGAUAAUAGUGACUCGUUGUCCCUGACACACCAGUGCAAAAAGCGAGAAUUGAUGUUUGCGCGGUUGCGUGGUCUGUGUGGACAGUUACACUGAAGUGCCGAUGCCCGUGCAUAACAUUCAUCAUCGCUGGAUUACAUCAGCGAACACUCAAUGGCGUUUUGUGCAUGUCAUCCUCAAGCACUGCUUGCUGUUGCCGAGACCGAAGACGUUCUCGCCAACGAACAAUACAUAACGUGCGCAUGAAUGUGUCUCAGUGUGUACGAAGUGCAAAAACAUGACGCGUGUGGUCGUACUUGUGAACGCUCUAAAUUGCGCAUGUCUGCGAAGCAGAUGUUGCUCAUUACCGUGUCUGUGUCUUUGCAUGACAACGCCAUUUCUUGCUUUCUUUUAUUUAUUUAUUUUUCUUUGUCUUGCGAAGGCCACUCUUUAUACGGAAGAAAUACAUACAGAAACAGUGCUCUCUGAUACAGUUUUCAAAAAUAACAGCAGCAAUUCACGACAACUCAAUUUGACAAAAACUGCCAAUGCGUAUGAUUUUUCUGGCUCAUUACGGCAGGUUUAGCGCAGCUUUACGACGAGGUAUUCGCAAGUAAAGCCUGGAAGCACAGGGCCCCCUGCGCACAUGUUGGUUAUGUUAAUUUUUUUAUUAAUUUAUUACGAACAUUAUGUUGUUGAUUGUAAAUUGUGAUCGUGUACAUUCUUCAUGGCACGAUGCAAGUGUAAAUAUGCCAUCUUAGUUUGCCUUCGUCUUCAGACGUAACUUGAGACAACGAGAUCAUAGUCUGAACCGCACAAUGCUGUUGGAACCAGCAGUGGAUGCGGAGAACAUCCACAUAACAACACGGCAAGUUGAAGCAUGUCUGUGUUCGGUACAACUUCAACGCGGCGUGAAUUCAGCUUGUGAGAACAAUAAAAUCCGUAGCUGCUUGUGCGGCAAAGCCGUGGACAAUAUUUUUAUAUAAAAAUGGGACCUAGUGAGCGCACAGAAAAAAAAAAACUCUUGCAUAUUAUAUUUUCCCUUCACAAAAAAAAAAAAAGCCUUCACACUUAUAUGCAUUCAUCACCACCAUUUGUUGCAUAGGUCACAGUAAGUGAUUCUGACUACCCGUUGCCCUAUGAGUGAAAAAGCGCACAUGUCGUCACACACUUCACUUGUAGACAUCUUUGUUACUAACUUGAUUAAACUUUUAAUGUGAUGUUGAUGAAAACCGGUGCAUUUGCGUUAAGGUGAAACAACCACGGUUAUUCAAACUUUAUUCGGAGUCCGCACAAUAGCGUGUCUCACAAUAAAAUUGUAGUCCUGGCUUUUAAAACACCCGGCCAUAAUUAAGAUGCUCACGAUUAUUGUGAUUUCUGUGAUUAUCAUCACAAGUUGAUAAUCAUCAUGAACAUCCUAAUUCCGGUUAUGUGAAUAUCCUAAUGUUGGUUAUGUGAUUUAUGGUGGCAAGAUCGUUCUUCAGAAUGCUGCGUUGCAUUUAGGUCACUAGGAAAGAGCAGCGCUUUCAACCGAGCGAAGAAAACGCGGCACAUUUUUUGCAGUGCAACACCAAAUGCAUGAGAUCGAAUUGAAUGAGAAGCGUACAUUCACUCUAAUUCCUCGGUGUGUGGGCGCCGAGAUCGCUUGUUUAAAAUGUUAGGCCCAGGAUCACCGCAUUGUGUCUUUGAAGAAGAUCUCUGUUGUGAUUUCAAUUGAGAGGCAGUGCUGCCAUCAACAUUGUCAGAUCGAAUUGAUUGGUUGAUAUGUGGGGUUUAACGUCCCAAAAUUGUCAGAUUGAAGGGGAUUACAUAACGAUUGAAAUGUUGUGAAACCUGGGAGUGAGUCUGUCAAUCCAGCUUUGUCACACUAUCUAGUUUUGACACCGUGGCCACAUGAGAAAAAGGAGAUCAUUACAUUUGUCCGCAGAACAGAAAAGAAAAACUUGAAUGCCAAACUUUUUUUUCCUUCUGUAAUUGUGUCAUGUAAGAAAAAACACUGUUUUACCUGUGGCUGCUUCUAAGCAUGCAUUUGUUACACUGAGCGGGAGACACAGCUGAGAUUGCUAUGCGAAGGGUGAAUUGCAAAUAAGCUCGUGUUCUUUUACUCCGGCGUGCGUUAACAACCGUUAACAGAUCAAACAAAAGCAUUUGAGUACCCUCCAACAUUUGUCAGCACGCCUCUCACAUACAGGGCAACUAUGAGACGUUGACGUUGAAGACCUCCCCAUUAAGGGCAUUGUGUUCUUACAACAUAGCUCCUGUACAAUGCCAACUGUUCCAGUUAGGCGUAACCACAUAAAUUAUCCCUGAUGAAAGCAAAUCAAUGUCUUCAUAUGGUAGGAUAGGGUCACGUGUUUUCUACUCGCUCCUACCACAGCUACAAGGCUACUUGUAAUUUACGAUCUUUAUCUGAGGUAAUUGGAUUUGGAUUACGUUUGGGAGGACUCAUAUAUAGUAUUCUUCCGCUGCGUCGGUUUUCUAUACGCCACGGAUGUCACGAACAUCAUUUUUACGAACAAUGUAUACCAUGUUUUCUUGACUGCAUUAUUCUAAUGCGGAGUUAAUUACGGCGCGAAAUUCGUCAGUGCAUCUUAUCUCUUUUACUUCGGUGCACUGUGCUGGAGGACUACGCGUUGUUUCUCUGGAAAUGAUUGUUGUGAAUCUAGUCCUGGUUGACGAGGAGAAACGCACCUGUGUAAUGUUGGUGAAAGCGGCAUUAGCGCAUGAGCAGCGCUGUUGUACAAAGAAAAAAAAGAAAUCACCACACGUACGUGUUACGUGUCUUCUGCCAAGUGCUGUACUCGUUAAAUCAUUUAUUGUUUUUAAGAGCAAUAAAAUAAACUUUACUACAAGAA